AUGUCUUCCAGAUUCGCCCUCGCCUCGCUCUUUCUCACCGUUGCAUCUGGUCAGGGUAUCGGCACGUUCACUGCUGAGGUCCACCCCCCUCUCACUUGGCAAACUUGUACAGCUCCUGGCUCUUGCACCACCAUCAACGGCAAGGUCGUCCUCGAUUCAAACUGGCGCUGGCUGCACAGCUCUACAGGAACUAAUUGCUACACCGGCAACACUUGGAACGCUGCUCUCUGCCCCAAUGGCACUGCUUGUGCUCAGAACUGUUACCUUGACGGUGCUGACUACAGUGGGAGUUACGGAGCAACGACGACUGGCAAUGCUUUGAGACUCAAUUUCGUUACCAACGGUGCAAGCCGGAACGUGGGCUCCCGUAUGUUCCUCAUGGCUGAUGAUAGCACCUAUCAAACUUUCAACCUGCUCAACAAGGAGUUCACAUUCGACGUUGAUGUUUCUCAUCUUCCUUGUGGCUUGAAUGGUGCUCUCUAUCUAGUCAGCAUGGCUAAGGAUGGUGGUGCUUCUCUUUACCCCAACAAUAAGGCCGGAGCCAAAUACGGUGUUGGGUAUUGCGAUGCUCAGUGUCCCCGUGACUUGAAGUUCAUUAACGGAGAAGAUCCCGCUGACAUAGAUUCUCAGGCAAAUGUUGAAGGAUGGGUGCCGGCGUCCAACAACGCAAACACCGGUGUUGGAAAAUAUGGUUCUUGCUGUGCCGAAAUGGAUAUCUGGGAAGCCAACUCCAUCUCCACGGCCUUCACUCCUCACUCGGCCAGUCCUGUCGGGCAGACCAGAUGUCUCGGUGAUGCAUGCGGAGGGACCUACUCUGCCGAUAGAUAUGCUGGGGUGACCGAUCCAGACGGAUGUGAUUUCAACUCUUACCGCCAAGGCAACAAGGAGUUUUACGGCCCAGGCAAGACCGUCAACACAAACUCAGUCUUCACGGUCGUCACCCAAUUCAUCACCAAUACUGGUACAGAUGCCGGUACUCUAAGCGAGAUUCGACGCUUCUACGUUCAAAACGGCGUCGUGAUACCUAACUCGCAGUCGACGAUUGCCGGUGUCCCAGGUAACAGUCUCACGGCCGCCUUUUGCGAUGCUCAGAAGACCGUCUUUGGUGACCCAAACAUCUACAAACAACGCGGAGGCUUCGCAUCGAUGUCAGCCGCCAUGUCUGCUGGCAUGGUUCUCUCGCUCUCUCUCUGGGAUGACUAUGCCGCCAACAUGCUGUGGCUUGACUCCACCUACCCCGUCACCGGCAACCCAGCUACCCCGGGAGUCGGCCGCGGUACCUGCCCAACAACAUCUGGAGUCCCCGCCGAUGUCGAAGCCGCUUCCCCUAACUCCUACGUCAUCUACAGCAACAUCAAAGUUGGAGCUCUCAACUCAACCUUCUCUGGCACCCCUCUCCCCGGCAGUGGGACUAGCUCUAGCUCGACCUCCAAGGCUGCUACAUCGGUCUCUACGCGCAGGACGUCGACGACGACAAGCAGGGCGACUUCUACCACGAGCACUGCGCCUUCCACUUCCGGGGCUGCCCACUACGCCCAGUGUGGUGGUCAAGCUCCCUUCGCUGGCCCAUACACCUGCGUGGCUCCGCUUUCCCUUGCUCUGAGACGCAGACAGAAUUUAUUUUAA